GUGUGUCCAUUUUGAUGAUAGCAGGUGUCUGAUGCGUAAACAGAGAAGGAGGAGAGGAGAAGUGGGGGUGGAAGAGGAGAGGAGCAACAGGUGGAAGGAGGGAAAGGGGAGGAAGGGAUAAGUGGGAUGGGUGGAGUGAGGGGUGUAUUUAAGACGUUGUCCAUCUCAUCCUCCUCAUCAGUCGCUCUUGCCUUCUCUCUCUGCACCUGACCACCAGGCCAGCACUCGCCCUACUCUCAGGUAAGAAAAGAUGUCCAGGGAAGACUUGCACUCUGAAAGCUGUCUCUUUUUUUUCUUCUCUUAGGUUGUUUCGGACUUUUUUAAUGCAUGAUGCUCUCUGCGGGUGGACUGCCUGUUGAAAAAGUUCUUGUGCAAAUGAUCAACAAAGACAGAGAUAGCUUUCUGUUGAUUCACUCAUGGAACCUAAAUUUAUCUUGAGCUUAUGAGUUCUGCCAAAAAAUGUCUUAGUGAUUAGGUUUUAUGCAGCAUUUGUAACACUGUGUCCAUGAGGAGUGACUGAUGUAAGGUGUGACUGACAGUUAGGAAAAGCCUUCACAGUUCAGAGGUGGUGCAGGUUCAAGGAAGGCAAAGACUUACACCUGUCUCCGGUGUUUUCUACCAUCCGGUGGAUGUAAAGUAAAAGCCAGAUCAGGUUGCCUCUGCGUGUCCUGGUUACAUCCCCUCCACUGGUUUGGCUGUUUUACCAGAUUAGAGUCUCAUUCUUAUCAGCUGGCUCACAUGUCCGGCUGCUGACUAUGUCCUGACUCCCAGCGGUCCUCUCGCUGGUGCAAAGCAACAAACAGAUUGAGGAUCAGUUUAAUCUGUAGCGGAAUCUUAUCAGGGCGACUGACAGGGAGGAAACAGUUAGAUCGACUCGACUCCGGGGCUGUGCAGGGUUUCCGACUCGGCAAAAUGCCCCUUCUGUCACUAGAUUAAAAACACCUAGAUCAGUUUGUAUCUAUCUCAGUGAGAAUUCAGGUUUCUGUGUGUGUGUCUCCGUGCAUCAGUCCAUCCUGUGCUGACAUGGACUGCUCUCUUUUACUCCUCCUCUCACCCUUCUUCUAUCCUUCUCCAGAAUGUCUUUGCCCAACUCAGAGAACGCCUCCACCCUGGAGAACGCCAUGCAGCUCAUGAUCCAGACCUUCCAUAAGUACUCUGGAAACGAGGGCGACAAAUACACACUGAGCAGGGCUGAGCUCAAAGAGAUGCUUACCGCAGAGCUCGGCAACUACCUCGGGAACGCCCAGGAUAAGGAGGCAGUGGAUAAGGUCAUGGGAGAUCUGGAUUCCAACAAUGACGGGGAGGUAGAUUUCACCGAGUUCAUCAUACUGGUCGGAGCUCUUACUGUGGCCUGUAACGAUUUCUUCCUGGAGUACAACGACAAGCCAGAGAAGAAGAAGUGAGCACGCCCUCUGCACAAAAUCCAUCCACUCUGCAAACCUCCACAUGCUCCAGGGAGGAAAGAGUUCAGACAGGAGAGAAGGACUUCCUGUCAUGGACUUCACAUUCACAAAUACACUCACACACAAAUAUGUAAUAGUCCUUUGAGUAGUAAUAGUGUGUGUGUAUUUGUCUGCAACGUCCAAUCAAUCCAUUUAUAAGCUGUAUUUACUGCAAUGUGAAAAUCUGGAGAGUUUAAGUCUGUUUCAGCACCUGUCAUUGUUGAAUAUGUGAAUAUAUCUCUCUUUCUUUUUUUUCUUUUCGUGUAUUUUGUAACAUAUUCAAGCAAAGGAAUAUCUCCCUGGAAAGAAUAAAUGUGACCUUUACUCAA